AUGCGGCGGGCGUCGUACGCGCCGGCGACCACGGCGCAGGGCCCCGGCGAGCCGCUGAUCGUCGUGGAGGAGUCGGGCGGCACCGACGACGAGGGCAGCCCCGGCCCGCCGUCGCCGCCGCCCGGCUUCAACCCCGACUCGCCGCUGCUCAACCCGGGCCUGCUGUCGCCGUUCCGCGACAUGCGCAAGCGCUCGCUGCCCACGCCCGCCUGCACCUCCGGCAUCACCGCCUCGCAGGUGCGGCGACUGUCGGAGCACGGCGUGGAGAGCACGGGGGCGGUGGCGGCGCGGGAGGCUGCCUUCCUGGCGACGCUGUCACAGACGGCCGCCCCCGCGCCCGGCGGCCGCCGCCACUCGGUGGUGACCAUCUCGCGCGCGCCGCCCCCCUCCAUCCUGUUCGGGCGCGGCCGCCGCGAGAGCAUCGCCGCCUUCCCCGGCGCCGGAGGGCCGCCCCCGCGGGUUCUGCCCGGCCGCAGGGACUCCGCCUCCAGCAUCCCGCCACGGCCCCCGGCCACCGGCACAGGCACCGGCUCGCAGUUCAACUUACAGCUCGACAUCAUGGACGACAUCGCCGAGAUCAAGGCGGCGCGCAAGGUGCGGCUCAAGAUGUGGCGCACGCCGUCGAGGGAGCGCAUGUGCGAGGUGCAGCCGCUGGACGGCGCCGGCGCCGGCGCUGCGGGGGCGGCGGGGCCGGCGGGGGCGGCGGGGGGGCAGCAGCAGCAGCAGCGCCACGGCCGCGGGGAGCUCGGCCGCCGCCACUCAGAGUUCGUGCCCAGCCCCACCUCGCCCGCAGCCGGCGGUGCGCGGCGCCGCGCCUCGGAGUUGCCGCCGGUGAUCAGCGCGCAGCCGUCCACGUCGUCCGGCGGCGGCUCCGGCUCCGGCUCGGGCAUCGUCUGCACCAACACAGACCUCAUCUCGAUCCUGUCGUCGCUGGCGUCGUCGGCCCAGGAGAUCAACCGCAAGGUGGACGAGGAGGAGGAGGCCGAGCGCGAGGAGGCGCGCCGCCGCCGCCGCCAGCAGCAGCAGCAGCAGCCGCCGCCCGUGCCGCCGCGGCUCGGCCUGCAACAGAAGGCGUCCAGCGUGGCCGAGCACAAGCGCAGCCGCCUCAAGAGCCUGCGUUCCAACAGCUUCGACGUGUCCAUGCUGCUGCCCGGCAGGGGCUCCCAGCAGCAGCCGCAGCAGCAGCAGCAGCAGGCCGGCAAGGGCUCCGGGCCCGCCAGCUGGUUCGUCAAGAGACACCAGCCGAAACGUGCAGACUCGACGCUGGCGGCUGAGACCAGCCACACCGCGGCAGCAGCCAGCACAACAGCGCCGCCACCAGCUACGACAGUGGCCGGCGGAACGGGGGCGGCGACAGCCUCGAGCUCGGGGGCGGCGGGGGUGUCAGUGGCCGCCCUGCCCGAGCCGGAGCGGCAGGUGGUCUGGGACGGCCGCAGCGGCUCCGUGGUGGACGCGCAGUUGCUCGGUGGUGCCAUAGAGGCCUUCCUGGCGCAGCAGCGCGGCUCUUCCAACGGCGCUGGGGGCGGCGGGGGCGUGUUUUAG